AUGACCAUAACCGCAAGCCGGUCUCUAAUCAAGCCCAAGGGCAAGGGGAAGAGCAGCGAGAAUCUGCAUCUCCUCGCCCUCUCGUCCCGUAUCACAGAACUGUCAUACACCAUCUCUGACAUCCAAACGCGCAUCUUCGAAAUCCAAGAGCUGCGGCACAAGUCGCAGUCCUCGGCCGACUCGACGAGCGUUAUCGACCAGUCCCUCUCCAGCCUCGACGAACGACUCGACUCCGUGUCCGCCGGCAUCAAGUCCGUGAACGACACCCUCGAACCGCUCCUCAAGGCCGGGGACAGAACCUCCGUUGCGUCGGGCCAUGUUCCAAGUGAGGAGACACUGUUGCUGCGGAAACACUCCACGAUGCUAUCAGAGUGGGAUGCGUUGCAGAAGGAGAUACAAGUUCUGAGGGAGGAGCUCAAGGAAGACAAGUGGCUCACCGUCUUCAGGACGGUGACAGAUCAGGCGGAUGGAAUGAUGUCCAGUCUGGAGAAGGCUGUAAACCGAUGUCAGGAUUUCAUAUGGAAGGUACAGGGCGCGAUGAUGGAUACAGGACCGCCUUCCGUAUCUUCUCUUCGUUCUGAGAAGUCGCCCGUAAGCUAUGACACGUUCCAAUCACUCCUCGAUUCUUUCGAGGCGAAGAAGAAACACUACAUGCCUGCCACGACGAAAGUCCUGUCAAUCAUCGACAAGGGAGUUCAGGAUCGCGUCACGAAGAACGGUGAAUGCUUGAGAAGACACGCAGAGUCCACCCAGAGAUGGCGCAACCUCAAAGAACGAAUAGCAAGAACAGAUGCCGAGAUGGAUACCGUGCGGCGAAUACUCACUGGCGAAGAUGCCAGCGCCGCUUCCAGCGAGGCCGGCUCCAGCACGUCUGGUACAACGUCAAAGUCUCGACCAAAGAAUGGAUUCCUGCGGACACCCCCAGUAGAGGGGCCCUCGAAAGAGCGUACUCGCAGUUCCAGCACGCUUUCUCGGUCGAUCUCUCCGUUCCGUAAGUUUGCAAAGAGAUUCACUGGUAAUGGAUCAUCCAAGGCUCCCCCCGGACCUAUAACGCCUACAGCACCUUCCAGUCCCCAACGCGUCCCGUCCUCCGAACCCGGGCGGUCGCUUCGACACCGUGCUUCGAUGUUGCACUUCAUGGGCACCGGCAACCAGCCAUUGACACCAGCCACGCCCUCCCACAAGCACUCGCACAGCCUGACGCCCGAGUCGUCUCCAUCCGCGAAGAGGCUCGAGAGGAUGGAGAUGAAUACGACGGUCAAGCGGCCCGCGUGGAACAGUUCCACAAGAGUUCAAGAUGAAGACAAUUCAGGCACAGUCAAGUCGUCCCCACGUCGGCCACGGUCCGACGACAUACCCUCUCGCGUCGCGCAGCUCCAUGGCCUCCUCCCGGCCCUGGUCCCCGUGACGUCUUCCGUAUCAACCGCACAUUCCUCUACCACGCCGUUUUCUAUGUACCGCCCGCCGUCGCGCUCGAAUACGCCUGGCCUCCCCGUUUCCUAUCGUCCGCCGUCGCGCUCGAACACGCCUGGCUUCACUAUGUCUUACCGCUCCCCGUCACGGUCGCAACUCCAGACACCCGGGCACCCCACGGAACACCGUUCACGACCGAAGACGCCGAGCUACAUCCCCACGCCGACCAAGUCCCACUUCCACUUCAUGUCCACAUCGCUCUCCGACAGUUCCCUGGAAGGCGACGACUCCUUCAUGCAGCGCGCCUUCUCGCCCACCCACGCCCGCUCGCACACCCCAGGCGGGAGCGUCAUCGCCGCCCGUCCGCCCAGCCGCUCUAUGAUCCCCAUCCCGAGCGUCCAAGUCAUGUCCGCCUCCCGCCCAGGGACGAGCCUGGACUAUCUCCGCCCCGACAGCUCCAUGUCCUUCCGGGCAUCCGGAGACGGCGCGCGCACACCCGACAUUCUCAAGGCCCUGCGGGCGACGCCGCGGCUGUCCAUGCCGCCGUCGAGCUUCCGUGAGUCCGCGAGCCCGCGCACGCCUGCGGCGAGCUCGCGCCCACCCAGCCGCUCGGGCGCGGGGACGCCUGGCGGGGAGCGCGACGGGAGCGGCGUGCCGGUGCACGAAUACGUCCCGGGGAACCCGCGCGAUCCGCUGGAUAUGGAGAUCGCGAACGUGGUCAACUCCCUGGGGCAUGUGCUCGUCGUCAAGCGCAUCGACCCGCCGCUGCGCGGCACGCCGAAGGAGAACGAGGAGGUCCGCGCGCAGUACUCGUUCACGGGCCCGCUCACGACUAAGAUCGUGAACUGCAAGUUGACGACGCUCUCUAGACCCGGGACGAGUGGUGGGAAGUCGAAGCGGGUGAUGUGUCGUGUCGGAGGAGGUUGGCAAGAUUUGCGCACGUACGUACUGAGUCGCCAGACGUGAAAUGCGGGAUGAGGCAUAGGAGUGCGGUGGAUACCGCAGACGUUCCGCAACAUAUAUCUUUGGUAUAAUCGUCGACAUGUCCAUUUACACUCGUUUUAUGCGUACUCACUCCGUAUGCAUUGAUUCCCUGCAUUGUGGACAUUAUUAAUACAUGGAGGAGGAAAUUGGAACUGAGGACACUACAUAUUGAAGACACAGCAAACAGCCAACAUACCCAGCAAGCAACGAGUAUCACAGCUGAACAAAGUCGACAACAUAAUCUCAGCGCAUUUCCACGUCCAUAAUAUCUGGGUUGAUGAACUGGGAAAGGUCCAUCUGUCGGCCCUCCUUGACCUCUUCCCACAGAGCCUUG